GCCCUUUGUAUCUUACGCUCUGAGCGGUUUAUAAUCUCUGACCACUGAAUUCAGCAGCAUAUGAGAUAAAGUUGCUCAGCCAGAUAGACAGAGAUGCUAGCUGGAGUUCUUCUUCUGAUAUUUCUGCCUCCCCUGGUAGCAAAGGAUCUCUGUAAAGACAGUCAAGAUGGAUUUAAAGUCAGGCUAAGCAUUAAAACGGGCCUCGGAGAUGAUGCCUAUGAGUGGAAUGAGAGCGAGAUGUUUCUUUUCAGAUCUACUCUGGCGUAUGCGAUGAGGAAACAUUCUAAUCAAGACACGUAUACCAUUGAUAACAUUCUGGUGUGCAAUGAUACACAAAGAGUGUCGUUCGUGUUCGUGGUGACAUCAACAGAUGAUCCCGACCAACUGAUCCCCAAAGAACAAGUAGAACUAGCAGUGAGGCAGAAUAAGCAUCGCAUAAACAAUGCAUUCCUGUUAUCGGACAUGACCCUGGAGUUCAUGGGAAUCCCGCCAACACUGUCGGCCCCGAUCAUAUACGACACUGAACCCUGGCUCAUCGUGUUCGGGGUGGUCAUUGGUGCGGUGGCUGUGGGGAUCGUGGCUUUACUGAUGUCCACAGUAAGCAAAAAACGACGAGCCAAAGAAAAAGCUGCUGGUCUUUCAGAAGAGGAUGAAGGAAUAGUCAAAGAGAACGGAACCGCACUUUCGAGUCUUGGCAGGAAAGAAGGCGUCUAUAAUCAAGCGUUCUCAAAUGACGACCGCUUCACCAAGCUGUAGGCACUGAUGACAGCCAUUCAGUAUCACUGAAUAACCUAUAAAAUGCUUCACAUAUUACAAAGAUAUAUGUAUCGCCUCCUCUAGACUGUCCUGGAAUGCACAGAAAUAAGAUUGAGUAUUUAUAUAUUACUUUGUUGAAUUGCGCUGUUAGUUUCAAAGCUAACACCGUGUCCUAAUCAAAAAAUUUUAUUUUUUUGAGAAAUUGUUUUAGAAAUUCUGUUUAUUUCUGCAGCUGAAACAACAAUACAAACUAUGAAAAUAAUAAUCUCAGGAACUGAUUAAGUGCUUCAUUAUUUUUAUUAAUGUUAAAAGUGUCUAAUAUGACCUGGAAUAUAUAGCCAUACUGAAAAUGACCAUGAAAAAUUUACCUCAUAUCUUGAAAAUAAAUGUAAAAAAAAAAAUAUAUAUUAAUGUUAUAACUGAAAUUAGUGUGGAAAAAAAUGGUUUCAGUCACUCAGUAUGUAUUUUUAAAUAAAAUGGGUUUAAUAUUUAUGUUUUUCAUUAUGUACUUACCAUAUGGAACAUUAACAAAAAUAUGAAAAAGGUAAAUGCAACUUUUCUCUGAAUUUAGUUUAUAUCUCACAAUUAGGAGUUUUUUCUUGCAAUUCCGAGAAAAAAGAAUUACAAUAUAUAAAUUCUAAAUUGUGAGAAAAAGUCAAAACUGUGAGAUAUAAAUGUAGAAUUAUGAGAUAUAAACUCAGAAUUGUUAGAGAUAAAAUCAAAUCUAAGAGAAAAGGUCAGAAUUGAGAGGUUCAAACUCGCAAAUAUGAGUUAUAACUCGCAGUUGUGGGAAAAAGUCUGAAUCCUGAGAUAUAAAUGUGAAAGUGUGGGGAAAAGUCUGAACUGUGAGAUAUAAAAGCAUAAUUGUGAGGAAAAAAAGAAGUCAGACUAAGUUGCAAUUAUCUUUUUAAUAUUUUUAUUUUGAGACGGAAAUUAACUUAUCUGUUUGAUUAUGUACUUAACCAUUAUGUUCUCAGAGAGAGAGACCCGCCCACACACUCUUCUGAUUGGCUGGAGAUUUUAUUUUUUUUUUCUGUGGAAAAACUAUUAUUGUUGUAAUCUUAUCACAAUGCAUCAGGUUAGGACACGGUGUAACAUCAAUAUAUGUUACACCAUGUCCUAACCUAGUGUACUAGUGUACUACUAAAAACAGUCAAGUUAAAAGCAGUUCUUUUGUAGUUAAUUUUUUAGCUUUAUAACAAAGCCCUUCAACAUGUCCCGCCUCCAACUUCAUGUUUAAAGAGGGAAAUAUGUCAACUCAGGAAAGAAAACUGUGCUUGUCAAACAUUUCAUGAGGUUUUUAAUUCAGCUGACAACGGUAAUCCGUAGCAUAUGCUGACGUCUGAAUUAUGUUCUCAGGUGCUGUUUAUUCAGCAACAAUACAUAAUGAAUUAUUAGAGGGAAUCAAUAAUUUAUGAAAAGAUGAGGCGCUUCUACACAGUAACAGAUUAGGCAAUUUUCUAGUGUCAAAAACAAGCAGUAUUUUUUUUUUUUUUACCCAUUAUGAGAUGUGGGUUUGUGCAUCUAUCACACUUCAACUGCCUUAAUUGAUUGGAUCCUCCACUGAGUGGGAGAGAAGAUUGAAGAACAUUAAGAGAAGAUCUCCCUGAAGAAUAUGAGAUGUUGAACUUCUGUGAACGUUCCUAUCAUGAGAUUUACGGCACAAUCUUUCACUAAUUAGAUCCUCUGUCUUCAGAACCACACACAGGGCUGCAGUCACACAGAAAUAACAGACCAAUAUCACAAGAAAGCUCAUUAUUGUAUUGAUGCCCUGUAGGAAUACAGAGACCAGUACAAUAAAUCAUCACUCCACA